GCUAUGUGCAAAAACUUCUAUUUGUUCAGUCGUUGAAUAUCUAAUUUUAGUAAUUUUUUGGUUUGACUUGCAGGACUCACAUUUCCAGUUUUGGCAAAACGGAUUCUGUUCAUUUUGGUCAUCUGAAGUGAACUUCACAGUGACAAUUUCGGAGAAUAUCUUGGAUAUUUUUGUUCCACUGAACCGCCAUGGUCAUGCUCUCCUGUCAAAUCUCGUCUAUCAUAUCGAUUCAUUACUGCAGGAGUGGUACCCGCACCUAUGUAAGUGAAGCAUUGCUCAAACAAGGAUGAGAGUUGAUGAGCAGGCCUGCAAAUAAUUAUUUUACUUGAAAGGACAAAUCAUAGGCAGCCCAAAACGGCGUGUUGAAUGCACCAAAUGCUUCCAAAUGUCAAUUUAUAUUAAUUUUUAUAGAAUAUUCUAUAUAUAUAUGAAUAUAGAAUGUUCUAUAUAUAUGAACAAUGCUUUUCAUUGAGUGCUUGCGGCGCGCGACAAAUGACAGAGGAAUGGGGCGAGCUUAAUAUAAAUGAUAUUUGGAAGCAUUUGGUGCAUUCUACACGCCGUUUUGGCCUGCCUACAUUCUCGUACCCAGAGCCCUUCUUACGCGCGGUGCGACGAGGGGCUCUGGCCAAAUCCAUAUCCGAACUGGCAUCUGAUUGGCUAGUUCUAACACCGGAUAUUGUUUUCUUACCAUGUUUUUAUGGUAUCCGGUUAUGAAUUUGGCCAGAGCCCCUCGUCGCGCUCCGUUGACCGCGCGUAAGAAGGGCUCUGGGUACGAGAAUGGGCUGCCUAUGGACAAAUGUCUGCAUGGCCAAACCAAAAAUUAGUCGGACAUUUAUCAAUUUUCCCGGACAAUGGACAAAGUAAAAUUUUUCAUAUUUUGUUUUCAAAAGUAGCACGAUGUAUUUUUUUGCCUGCUCAUUAAUCCGCACUGCAAUGCGUCUAGAACUUAGUAAAUAUCUACCUAAUGCAUCAGUAAAUUAUGGUUCAGGUUAUACAUAACUUUAAUUUCUACCAUGUAUACGAAGGUGAUGUAGAUUUAUAAUUAACGGCUUAAUGCAGCAAGAAAUGGUGGAGAAGUGCUGUCUUUUUUGCUUUCUUGUUGGUUUAAUUAAUAAAAAAUGUGUUAAAUAAACAAACCAGAACAAAAGUUGCAUGAGAGUUGCAGUAUUAUGGCACGAAAUAAGUUGCACGUUUCCUAGUAAUUGCGAUUAGCAUUUCUAUAUGCUCAAAUGGUUAUGAUCAAAUGCGCUUGACAUUAAGUAUUACGCUCACCUAAUUACAUACUUAGCCUAGAAUAUUUUAUCUUUACGACAAUUGUGAUAUUACUUUCUUAACUGUGUUUAUCCUAAACCACCCUGUCAACUUUCCCUGUGGGAGGAAACCGCAGCACCCAGAGAAAACCCAACAACUUUGGGAAGAACGUUGACUAACUCUUUUCACAUAAGUGUCAAAAAUCCGCAGCGAGAAUAGAGCCCACGAUCUUGGAGGCGAAAGCCGCUUGGUCUGACGUUUGCGCCACUGAAACCUAUCGCAGCUGAAAAUAUCUGCCCAACAACGUUCGGCAGAGCGCUGACUGACUCUUUUCACAUGAAUCCGUAGCGAGAAUUGAACCCACGAACUCUGAGGUGAAAGGUUGCAACCUCGUCCCCAGGGCAUUUUGCCUCCACGGGUGAAGGUCAGUUUCGCCGACCUUCAGCCGUAAAGGCAAAAUGUCCUGUGGACGAGGUUGAGGCGCCAGCUCUGAAGACUGACGCCACUGAAGCCCCAUACUAAUAUUGAAUUUAUGAAAAUUCGCAGGUGGAGUUGACCCACUGUACAACAGGCCAAUAAUACAGAAAACAACCUUAUGUACGUGCAGAGAACACGAGUUUCUUCUGGAAGAUUGUACCACGCCUAACAUGAGGUGCGCCGGAGGUGGACUGGUACCGCUGGAACAACUUGUUCCAGACUUGUUGAUUGCGCAUGUUGAUGAACGACACAUUAUUGAUGAGAGUGAUUUGAUUAUUGAAGAGAAUCCAAGGUCUAUGUUAGGAGAAGGAGCUUUCGGGAGUGUUUACCGUGCAAAAUAUAAAAAUAGGAAUGUUGCUGUUAAGGUAGGAUUCGUCUUCAUUAGUUAUUUAUUAAUUGCUUCGAUAAUUAAUGAAUUAAUCGAAUAAUUGAUUGAUUGAAUAUUCGGUUAUUCGUUGGCACUGACUUGAUCACUGAGUCGAACAGGGAUUUCUUUUAAUAUUCAAUGAAAACAUUUUAUCCUACCCCAGGGUCUGGUUGUACAAUGGUCUUGAUAACCGGUGACAGAGCUGCAUGUUGCUUGAUCUUUCAAUUUUCACAUUGUAGAUAUUCCGCAAGCAGAUUGAGUUAGAUCCUCGCAUACAUUUGGAACAAGAGGUCAGAUUACUCGCUAAAUUACGUCAUCCAAGUGUUAUAGACCUUGUUGGUGUAUGUUGUGGUUCCCGGUACAUCGCAGUCCUGGAGCUAGCACCACUUGGCUCACUCAACAUGAUCUUUCGUAGGGGCAAACGGUUAAGUCGAGGUAUUCAACAUUUGAUCGCAAUGCAGGUGAGAUCAUUGUUAUAAGAUAGUCGAACCUCCCCCUACUGACAUCUCUCUAAUAAUACAAUACGGGCACCUCUCUAAUAAUACGGACACUUCUCUAAUAUUGACACCUCUCUAAUAUGGGCAUCUCUCUGAAACGAACCUCUCUCUAAUACGGACACCUCUCUAAUAAUGCAGUACGGACACCUCUCUAAUAAUACAGUACGGACACCUCUCUAAUAAUACAGACACCUCUCUAAUAAUACAGACACCUCUCUAAUAAUACAGACACCUCUCUAAUAUGGGCCUGUCCAAUACGGACACCUCUGUAAUACGCACACCUUACGGAACACCUUACACACACCAUACGAACACCUUUCUAAUACACACACCUCUCUAAUAUGGGCAUCUCUCUAAUAUGGACACCUCUCUAAUAAUACGGACACCUCUCUAAUAAUAUGGACACCUCUCUAAUAAUACGGACAUCUCUCUAAUAAUACGGACAUCUCUCUAAUAAUACGGGCAUCUCUCUCUCUUUCUAAUAAUAUGGACACCUCUCUAAUAAUAUGGACACCUCUCUAAUAAUACGGCCAUCUCUCUAAUACGAACAACUCUCUAAUACAGACACCUCUCUAGUAUGGACACCUCUCUAAUAAUGCGGACACCUCUCUAAUACGAACACCUCUUUAAACAGACGCUUCUCUAACAUGGACACCUCGCUAAUACGGGACACCUCGCUAGUACGGACACCUCUCUAAUACAAGCACCUCUCCAAUAUAGACACCUCUCUAAUACGGAUAAAUCUCUAAUAUUUGCUUGAUUUUCAUUUCCAUUCUAGGUUGCAGACGGAUUAAGAUUUCUUCAUCAUCACACAAUCGUGUAUCGAGAUCUUAAACCUCACAAUAUUUUAAUCUUCUCUCUUGCUGCUGGCUCACUAAUCAAUGCCAAGAUUUCUGACUUUGGAAGCAGUCGCUAUGCAACGCCUUGUGGCUUUAUUGCGCCUGAAGGAACGCCUGGAUAUCGAGCACCAGAGGUAUUAAAUAAAGCUUGAGAUUGAAGUGAAACCUAACCCCAAAUGUGAUUGAUAUGAAAUAUUUUUUUAGUAAAAAACCUCAUCUUAAUGAGGUAAAUAAAAAACCUCAUCAAAGUCGCCGGAUAUAAUGUCAUUCGUUGAAUUGCCAAUUCUCCGAUCCGAGUUUCUGUUAUCAAUUUUCCAUCUUCCAGCCUGGUUCACACUAGCAAUUCUGUCCAAGAUUUUUCUCCUCCUGGCCAAUGUGAUUGAAUGAAUGACGUGCAAAAGACUUAGAAUUGUUUACUUCUGAAAAGCGACUGUAUACUUUUGUGUGCGAGUUCACUCAUUUGCAUCCGUCAGAAACACAAAAUCAACGAUAAAAAGCAGUGUGACCUCAGAAUUGACCAUUUGCGUAAGGGGCCAUUCACAAAGGAUGUCCGGCCAAAUGAUGGAUUUUCAGACCCCCCCCUCCCCCCCUUGUCCGGCAUUGUCCGAAUUAGUGACCCCCCGGACAUCCGCCAUGCCUCGCAAAAACUCACGCAACCUUGUAUAUAUCAAGAGUAAAAAACUUUUUUACUUUUAGAACUUUUUUAUAACUGUAAAUGUGAACACAAAAACAUAUAAAUUACUAAUUAAAACAAAAUCUAGUGUUAACCGCAUAGUCAAAAUGCCAAUUUCACAAUGGGAAGGACUGCUCAAAAUAGAGGGAAAAAGAAAUUUGUUUUUGAAUUUUUUUAAAUUUCGGACAUCCGGAUUGCUAAAAACCCCCCUCCCCCCUAUGUCCGAGUUUGUCCUGAUUUUCCAAACCCCCCUCCCCCCUCGGCUCGGACAUCCUUUGUGAAUGGCCCCUAAUAGACUAAAUUUUGAUCUAAACAAGUCUAGACAAAAAUUUCAUCACAGCUUGAAAGAGUAUCACAAAAUUAGUAAUAUUCCAGUCAUUUUAGAUUACAAACGGGAAAUUGACAGCCCCAAAGGGUAUUGGGCUGUCGAUUUUCCGUUUGUAAUCUAAAAUGACUGAAAAUUGCAAACUUCGCAAGGCUAUAUUAUCCGCAUCUUACAACAUUUCGCAACGAAACUUUGGAAUAUUACUAAUUUUGUGAUGCUCUUUCAAGCUGUGAUGAAAUUUUUGUCUAGAUCAAAAUUUAGUCUAUUACGCAAGUGGUCAAUUGAAAUCUUCAUGCUCAAAUUAAUCUAUACCGAAAGUUUCAGAUGUUUGACCAUCCAGAAAUUUAAUUUUGGGCUUUUUUUCAUUUGACGUAAUGUUUCAAAUCUGACUACGAGGACUGGACUAGAUUUCAAGCAAUCGGAUCAAAGCGAGGAUUUGAAAUGACACCUGAUCAUACGAAUGAAUUACUACUUAAAGUGAGGUGAAUUAAUUUUGAUCCAGUCCAAGAACUGAAUUAGUUUUGAUCCAGUCUUAGGGCCUGUUCAUAUGAUCCCGCUUACCGGGACGUCUCGCUUACCGAUGAUCUCGCCGCCUAUCUAUUUUCCUAUAAAAUUUUGCAUUGUGUUCAUAUGAGAAAGCGAGCUGGCCCGCUUGCCGAGAUCUCGUUUGAAUUUGCCGAGAUCAUAGGUAGGCGGGAUGAAAAUUUUUCCAUAUGAACACGCCAGCCCGCUUACCGGGAUGAAGUGAAACAAGUCUUGCCGGUUUAAUUCAACACUUUUUACUUGGUUUUAUGUUUGUUUUGUAAACAAGUAUUAAAUAACCACCUGAAGCAAUACUUUUUUUUGUAAAUAAACGAAGAAAAACACUAAAAUCACCAAGUAUUUGUGUUGCUUGACUGAAAUGUAGAAGUUUUGCAUACGCUAUUAAUUAUAGAACUACAAUGUAAUUUCACUCGGCAAGCGGGACGAAAUACUCCAUAUGAACGCAUGGAAAUAUUCGUCUCGGUAAGCGAGACGUCCCGGUAAGCGGGAUCAUAUGAACAGGCCCUUAGGACUGGAUCAGUAUACUUCACCAGGUAUCCAGUAUUAUCAUGUGAGCAAAAUAAAGCAAUACGGUUGGCUAAUUUACUCUUCAAUUAUUAAUUGAGUUUGAGAUUGGAAUUUCCGCUCCAGUGGAAGUUGAGAUUCUCUUGUAGCACCAUUCAAAAACUCACAGAAACCCUCUUAUCGAUACGUUCUACUAAAUAUUUCUUAAGGUGGCUCGUGGUGACGUGGUGUACAACGAGAAAGCGGAUAUAUUCUCACUAGGAAUGCUUCUGUAUGAACUAGCGACAGAAGGGAAGCAGCCGUUCAGUGAUCUUAAAUUUCGCAGUGAAUUUGACGAGGCUGUGAUCACAGGGAGACCUAUUGAUCCGAUUGUGGUGGCAAACGCAUCCCCCUGGCCGGACAUGCAAGAUCUGGUGGAUCAUAUGUUGGUUUCUGAACCUGAUCAAAGACCGACUGCUGACCAGGUGAGACUGACUGUUAUGGAUGGGAGGUUUGGGUUCCCAGAAAAUAUUUCCUGAAGAAAGAAAAAGAGAUACUUGUAAAAAUUCGAUUCCUGCCAGGGACCUAUGGUUGCAUUUUUCGCAGCUGUCCCUGGUUAGGUUUAAUAAGUAUAUAUAAAUUUCCACUCGAUAAUUUCCAUUUACAAGUAGGGUUGGGCGAUAUUAAAAAAAUUAUCUCACGAUUAUUGUCAAGGAAAUUAUCACGAUAUUCGAUAAUAUCGUGAUAAAUGCAAUAAAAACAAUGACCAUGAAAUCAAUAUAGUCUAAUAUUUACUGUUCAUAAACCUGAACUGUAUAUGCAGUGGCUACGCCACGGGCACACAGCGGAAACAAAGCCUGCAAAUUCAUUGUUCAGCGGAUUAAUACAUAAAUAUUAAAUAUUAGCUUUUGUAUCGUAUUAAAUUCGUAUUUAAUUCAGGAAAGAGUUUUAAUUCUUUUAAAAACUAUAUUUUCUAUAGGAAUUGAAAUAAUUUUUUAGGAUUUUAUAAAAGCUAUAUACACAUGCGAAGCAAUAUCACGAUAGACAUCAAGCAUGACGAUAAUUUCGAUAUAUCGUCGCUCAAGUUUCUACCUUCGAUACGAUAAUCGCGAUUGAAAAUAUCGCGAUAAAUCAAAAUAUCGAAAUAUCGCCCAACCCUAUUUACAAGACCCUUCAACUAUUACAGUAUUGAAUUGAGUGAGAUGCCAAUAAAAUCUCGAUACUUGUCCAUUAAGCACAAUCGUGCAGCAGAUGAGGAAGUGUUGUAUGAGGCAAAUAAACAGAAGAGAUCUGGAGAGAGAGUAUUUAAACUUUCUUGUUCCUUUGAGAUAGAACGUUCAAAUAGAGGCGAUUGAUGAUGCUUUACGAUAAGUCGUUGUCCGAUCUGCUACUAAACCGAUAUGUCAAUAUCCUUAUAUUCAUCAUCCGCUUCUGUUUGCUCGCUCUGCUCUAUAUAUUUAUUAUUGGUAUUCAUGCUUUAUAUAGUGUUCUAUUUUAUAAAUUAUUGUUAAGGGAGGUGCCUUGCAUGGGACUUAUCGACUCGUUUGUAUCUUCCCUUUGGGGCCAUCGAAUAGUUUAUGUCAGUGUUAUAUUGUGCAUGGUCCAAUAAGGUUGUUAAAACUUAAAAAAUUAACACACUUACUGAAACCCAGCAAUCUGAUACAGGUUUACCAAAGACUAAGCGACCCAGAGUUCAUCUGUCUGAAGCAAGACAUCGCAGUAUGCAAAGGCCAAGCAGUUGAGUGUAUGGCUACCCGAUAUUUCCUUGAUCAUGGAGUAAGCAAAAUGGAGGUGUGGGUCGGAAGCGGAACCUCUGAUUGGACAGAUAAGAAAAUUAACAAUGAGAAGAGCACGCAUACGUCACAGCUGUCACGUGUUGAUUUGAGUUCAUCAAAGCCCAAGGUAGGGAUCGAAUCUGUACAAAGUUAACUAUCAGUGACGCAAUAAUUACUCUGGGCGCAGAUGGAGGCUCUCUGGUGUCAGGCGAGUUUGAUCCAGGAUAGCCAAUAAUAAGCUGUCAAUUCUGAAUUUUUCAUGCUGUGUUAGUUGUGGAUAUUAUAAGUACUACAAUGGAUAUUAUGAGUACAGCUCAUUAUUGAUACAUUCCAUCUUGAAAGAUUGAAUAUUAGGCCGUAUAAAAUUCGACAUAGUGAAAACCGGCAUAACUUAUAUUGUCUUCCUUGUGCUUAUCGUGCCUUUGAACAAUUUAAACACAAUUUGUAAUAUAUUCUGCACUCCCUUAACGAAUUAAUAUCACCUACUCAGUGGUUCCCGUAAUAUCACUUAUAGUUACAGACUUAUUACAAGUUGUUCCAACAACUUGUUAUCGUCCUGCAAUUCAACAAUUUGUCGACAGGUUCAUGUGAGUGACAUCCUUGUAGCAAAUUGAUAAAAUAAUAGCAUUGUUACAACUUGUUGACAAGCUUCCUACAAGCUUGUUGCGAACACAUCUUGUUGACAAGUUGUGUUUUCUACCUUAUCAGAAUCGUACCGAAACUCAGUCUAUUUCUUUGUUUGUUUGUCGAGGACUAGAACUAAUGACUUCAGCACAUUGACUGCAAUGGAAAAUGGGCUUAAGAAUAUUACUUUGUAAUUGUUCUUUAGGGCUGUAAAGGAACCAUUCUACAAGAUGGUCGCAUCAUAUCUAUUGCCGUUGUUGGAGAGAACUUCAUUCUUGUUGGAACUCAAACGGGUCGCUUGUGGGUGUAUGAUGUUGCCAAGUCAGAGUUUGUCCACGCCAUGAGUAAACUCAAGGAUGCCGUGCUUUGCUUGCUUCAUGUAGAAAGUGUGGAUCGUGUGUUUGCAGGGAUUGCCAACGGCCAGUUAGCUGUGUAUAGUAUUGAUGAAUUCAGAAACCCUCCCAAAGCUACGAAAAUUAUAGAUAUUAGCGGGUCUGUAUGCUGUCAUGACCUGCCUAUAAUGUGUUUAGCACUGAUGAAGCAAUCGAAGAAAUUACUUUGUGGAGUUGGUCAUAACGUCGUUGUUUUUCAACUUGGCUCUCCCGACAUGCUCCCCGAAUCCCAUUGGAGCGUAGCUUCUGAAGCUGAGCCGCAUAAAGGACUGGUGUCGAAUAUAAUAGUUGAUAAACAUGGCAUUUGGACGUCUACAAAAGGCAGCGCACGUAUUCAAUUGUGGAAUACGAAAUCACAAAAACUUCGUGCAGUUGUAAACUGUGAUAGCCUCCCAAUUUCUGAGACAUUCGAGAACUCCACGCGUGGGAUGCGCGUGGUCAGUAUGUUGAUUCAUAAUAACAUUCUCUGGGUCGGCACGGGGGGUGGACAUAUACUACUCAUCGAUACUCGAUCCAGUUCCCUGCUCAUGACAAUGAGUCGACAUAAGACCGCUGUACGAUGUCUGAUGACCGCAGAACUCCUUCAGAAAGACGGGAAACAAAUCUCGGUCAUGCUGUCUGGGGGACUGGGCUUUGUCCCGCGUUGGUCAUCGUCCCGCGAGUGUUCGAGUCGGGACUUUGGGUACGUGCUUGUCUGGGAGUCUGGUAUCCAGAAAGAAUCCGAGCACCUUCAUGAAUACAACAAACGCAGGCAGGAAUGGCAUCUGAACCACAACACCCUGUAACUUGACCUUUUUAAAUAUUUGAAGUUUCAACCACACACGACAGUAAUUUGUAAAUGUUAACAUAACCAAUCGAAAUAUAUUAUUCUUUAACUGUAUGUACAGCAUAAGCCUUCUUUGCCUCGUUCAGAUUCUCACGCCUGUAUUCUAAAAGCGCAUUCGUACUCAAAGAGUGGAGGUUCAAUCUGACCUAAACCCUUGAGUGUGAGUACUGUUUCCGAAUAGCUGGAGAGUGAGUAGUCACAUAGGAAGGUACGACACUAACGCCCGUAUUCUAAAAGCUCACUCACACUCGAUGAGUGGAUAGUUCAGUCUGAGCUUCUCUUUUAAUAGCUGGAGGGUUCCCAAAUCCGCCAUGUAAAGUGUAGUGAAAUGUAUCUCAAUACUAAUCGUAAUCAUGCAAAGUCAACAGAAGCCUCUGCACUAUGUGACUACUCACCCUCCAGCUAUUCAAAAACAGCAUUGACACUCAAGGGAAGCUCAGAUGGAACCUCCGCUCAUUGAGUGUGAGCGUGAGUGAGCUUUUAUAACACAGGGGUAAAACAACAUUCAAUAAAUUGGCUAAUUAAGAUUCACAUGAAAGAAAAUUUAAAUACGUCUCCAUAUUAAUGAAAGAGGUGUAAUUUAUGGCAAUCGUUCCAUGUUUCGCGCACCAAUAUAGUAAACGUUAUGCAAUGGAUAUUAUACUGUACUGCAAAGUCAACUGGAUACCUCCAUAUACAUAUAUAUAUACCCUAACCUUAAACCUAACCUUAACCCUAACCUAUAUAAUAUUGGUGCGCGAAACAUGGAACGAUAACCUACUUUAUGUUGAAACGACUUCUCUGUGCAUAAUUAUUAAAUCUUUUGAAUUUUUC